CAUUUGAUGUGGACGGCGAAGAAACGAUAUUGGCAUUUGAAAAUGAGAAAAUUAAAAUUCAGUGCAAAUCAGAUUUUCCCAUGAUUUACUGCGGCUUUGUUAAUCCACGGGGAGCACGGUUUUCAUUUACAGAUCUAGGCGUACACGCUGGCAGAUGCGUUCAUGAGAUCAAAGCUAAAAAAACAGACAGUGGUGAGUGGAAAUGCCAUAUCGGGAGGAAAACAGAAAGAUUGGAAACGAUCAAGAGGAUUCAAGUGAGAGUUGUCAAGCAAUUAGCAGCGGUCAAACCCAAUAUAACUACUAAGUAUGGGAAGAGUAUAACACUGUCUUGCGCGACCACGGGUGGCUUCAUUCCUCUCAGCUAUUGUCGGUUUGAACCGCCAAAUGGCAAAUCUUUUAGCAUAGAUCCAACAGUAACUGACGCAAAUCCAAUCCUAGGUAAAUACUAUUUUCCGUCCAAUAGUAGUCUCGAUAGAGGUGAUUGUUGUGUCACGAUUCGUAAAGUUAAAGCUGAGGAUGUAGGCUUGUGGACGUGCGGCGCCGGCAUGGACGAUGGCAAUGAACAUACUGACACGAUCAGAGUAGAAAUCGAAGGAAUGCACACAAUGUCCACGGCAUCUGCCACGGGAGUAACCAUUGGAGGCAUAAUUAUAGCCGCUACAAUGGGUUUGCUCGGAUACGUAGCAUGGAAGAAAUGGCGGUUGCUAGGAGUUGCACCCCAGGAACCAGAGGCAAUGGAGAUGGAGCAUAGAGCUGAUACACCGUCGCCUAGACCUUCCAGAGCUGUUCCUAGUGUGGUAGUACAAUCGCCGUCUACUCCUGGCUCGUCUCCGUUGAUGUCGAGUACACGGUCAUAAAUAUAGGUAUAGGAUAUCUCAAAAUGUACUGGCGUAAUGAUUUUCGAGUUUGAAACAGCUUCGGAAUGAAGCUUAUGAGACUACAUUGGGAUAUUUCAAAUAAUUUCUUUGGGAACCCGGUUUAUUUAUUCUGGUGCAAUAUUAAAUAAUCAGAUUUGUAAAUAAUUUUUCAAAAUACAUUGUUAUAAACACCACGAACACGCUUACCCGAAAAUCAAAUAUUAUUUAAAACAAUGCAUUAUUUAAAUAUAUGGGCCUAGUCUUACGAUAUUAACAAUUAUCUGGAUCUGUUGUGUAUAAUAAAUAGUUCUGGAAUAUUUUUAGAUAAGUAUCGCCAUUAAAAUAAAGCUGAAUGUAAGCAAUGGUUGACUUUAAUGUGUUAUAUAAUAAGUAGUGUAGAUUUGUACUUAUAUGACUUUUGUUAACAGGUUAACAAUAAUAGGUUGUUGAUAUUGA